AACAACGACAACAACGACAACAACGACAACAACAGCAACAAUAACAGGCGCCAGUGAGAGCACAACAGCAACAGUAGCAACUGUACAAAAAGUGCUCGCACACACACAUACACAAACACACACAGACACACACAGACACACACAGACACACACAGACACACACAUACACCACCCAUGUCGAGGCGAAUGCGUUACGAGACGGUGAAGCCUGGUGCGCUGCGAUGUGGCCGCAUCUUGCUCGGGUUUGAGGUUGAGCCUUUAUCACGGCGCCUGUUCUGCCAUGUCCGAGCGUGUCGGGAGCUGGUCGCGCUCAUGAGCGAGGACUUUGAAACAGAUUUCAACGUGCGCUUGUGUGUGGCGCCAGCAACCACUUCUCGGCAGCAGCUGGACAGCGCCUUCUUCGCGCCAUUUCCCGCAACAACCAGCAGCUCACAACGACAGCAUCAACAAUCAGAGCCAGCGAUGAUGCUGCAGCAUCAAUCCAAGCAUCACCGCUCCACUCUCAACCCAGUCAUCGAUGAGGAGUUUGUGUUUGACCUGCAGGACCUGUGGCUGCACGCUGCACAGUUUCGACUGCAUGUCGCCGUCGUCUGCAGCGCUCCCAUCGACCAAGACGAUACAGGAUGUGCUGGCUGCUUAUCGAUGGGCCUUCGGCACGUGCUGGGAGGAGACGUGGCAGGCCCAAAGUGGUACUGGUUGCUGCCGAAAGCUGAAGGUAUGUGCAAGGCAACGACCAUCAAGCACCAGCCCGCCACGCUGCCGUCCCAGCGAGAGACCAGCACAGCCCUGGCUUCGCUUCCAGAUGCUGUUGUUGUUGGUGGCAGACAUCCUCGUAGGCCGUUUGCAAAGAUCAAUGGCGUAUACGACCGACAAGUCGACGAGGUGAGCGCGUCGAGGCCCGUCUAUCGCCACCGCGACAACGGCCUGUAUCUUUGGUUUCAUGAAGGGCGCCGGGCCUGGCUCAUAUCCGACCUCGUUCGCCACCCAGCGCCGUACGCAUAUGCAGAGGACGCAGCCGUCAACCCAGGACGCGUGCAGCAGCCGUGGUUUGUGUUCAACAGGGCCGAGACGUUUACAACAGCGGACACGAAGCGACUUCAGACCUCACACAUCUCCUCCACCACACCUUCCCUCAAUGACGGCAUGAGCCUGCUAUCCCAUCACGACGACCACCACAAUCAAAUGAUGCUCAGCGGAAUGCCUCCACAGCAGCAACAGCGGGCGCCUGCCGCGCAAUUUGAAUACGAUCUCGCGGUGCGGUGUCGGGCGUUUGCUUAAUAGACGCGCGUGUGCGUGUGCUGCGCAGUGUGCGUGUGUGUGGCUGUGUUGUUGCGUAUGGGCAGGUGAUGACAGCUGUGACGAUGUGGUCUGCUGUGACGUGCUGGGAUUGUUUAUUCUUGUCGGUCGCUUGCACGUGUGUGCAGUCGGACGAGAGAGGCACGCGCUGUAUUGCAUGUGCUCACGCGCUUGCGUGAGUGUGCGUGAGCGUGUAUUGCCACAAGUGCAAGGUGCAUUCCAAGUCAAGGGUGGGUCAGAUGAGUGUGCAGAGUGUUGAUUUGGUGGCCAUGUGCACAGGCACUGCGCCGUCGCCCUGAGCAUGGUGCGAUGUUUGUUGUGAGGACACGGAAUAUGAUGGUGAUAAACGAAAGCAGGCAA